GGGCAUUGUGAUCUGAGCAUGUGCAGGCCAUGGCGACGGACGGUUUUUAGAAGGGUAGGAUUUCGAGUCCGGAAACUCAAACCAAGCAUCACAUCAGGAUCUGACAGUCACCCAAUUUAUCGUAACCUGAAUAUCAUCGGAUUUUGAACAUGGAAGGAGAAAGCACCAUUCACAGCAGUGAGAAACCGCACACGUGUCCUGUGUGUGGACGAGGCUUCAGCCGAUCAUCUGGCCUGUUGAAACACAAGUGCAGUCAUGCAGGGGAGAAACCAUGGAAAUGUGGAGACUGUGGGAAGGGAUUCAGAUCCCCUUCUGAGUUGGAUACUCAUCAACGCACUCACACUGGGGAGAAGCCAUUCAUCUGCUCCAUAUGUGGGAAGGGAUUCAUUUGGUCAGCAAACCUGCUGACACACCAGCGCGUUCACACUGGGGAGAGACCAUUCACCUGCUCUGAGUGUGGGAAGGGAUUCACUCAUUUAUCUUCCCUGCUGAGACACCAGCGAGUUCACACUGGAGAGAGGCCAUUCACCUGCUCUGCAUGUGGGAAAGGAUUCACUGACUCAUCCAACCUGCUGAAACAUCAGCGAGUUCACACAGGAGAGAGGCCAUUCACCUGCUCUGCAUGUGGGAUAGGAUUCACUGAUGCAUCCAACCUGUUGAGACACCAGCGAGUUCACACUGACAAGAGACCUUUUAAAUGCCCAGACUGUGGGAAGUGCUUUAAAAGUUCUGGGGAUCUGAUGUCCCAUCAGCGUGUUCACACUGAUGAGAGACCUUUUAAUUGUCCAGAAUGUGGGAAAUGCUACAAAAGGUUCUGGGAACUAAUGUUCCAUCAACGUGUUCACACUGACGAGAGACCGUUCAGGUGCUCUCACUGUGGGACUGGGUUCAGGCGAUCAUCUGAACUCACUGUACACCAGCGAGUUCACACUGGGGAAAGACCAUUCACCUGCUCCGAGUGUGGGAAGAGAUUCACUCGGUCAUCCAUCCUGAUGAGACACCAGCAAGUUCACAAGUAACUACAGUGAUUGGAUUUAGCUGUUAAUCACAUUCAGGACUGAACCAUGUUCUUUGGGGUCUGUUUCUGCUGAUAUUAGUAAACUCCAAACCAGUUGUAGGUUUUAGUAUUGUUGAAAUUUAAAAAAGAUUAGUUUUGUGUAAAGUACACAGUGAGGCGAAUCUUUUUAAUCUCUCUAACUCACCAAGUUCCUUUUGAAGGGCUGUCCCUCUCCUCUCUCUUCUCCAUACUCACCCCAACAAGUGUGAGGAGCUCAUGGAGCUUCCUUGUCACUAAGAUUGAGACAAUCCCAUCUGCUGACUCUGCUGCUUCCCUCCCUUCCACUGGUCCAUCGGGCAAAACUGUCUUUAAAGCUCCUCCUUGUCCAAGUCCUGAACUCGCAUCUUUCCCCAGUUUCUCUUCUAUCUCUCCCUCAUUCCCUUCAGUGCUCAUCUUAUCCAUGAGACCCACUUUCUGCUCUACUGACCCUAUUCCCACUAAGCUGCUGACAUUCAACUCUCGCUCUCUCCUGGUACUAUCCCUCUAUCUUUUAAUCCACCAUCAUCACCCAUUCUAUAAAAAAAAUCUUUAACCCCAUCUCCAAACUCCCUUUCCUUUCCAAUGUCCUUGUCCUUGGUGUCCCCCAAGGAUCUAUCCUUGGUCCCUCCUAUUUCUCAUCUACCCGCUGCCACUAUGUGACACCAUCCAAAAGCACUGUGUUAGUUUUCACAUGUACACUGUCAACGCCCAGCUCUACCUCACCACCAUCUCUCUCCAUUCCUCCACUGUUAUUAAAUUAUCAAACUGCUUAUCCCACAUCCAGUACUGAAAUGAGCAGAAUUUUCCUCCAGUUAACAAUUUGGAAGACCAAAGCCAUUGUCUUCAGUCACCACAAUAAAUUCUGUUCCCUAACUGCCAAGUCCAUCCCUCUCCCUGGGAACUGUCUGAGGCUGAACCACACUCUUCACAAUCUUGAUGUCAUAUUUGACCCCAAGAUGAGAUUCUGACCACAUACCCACACCAUCACGAAUACCAGAUAUUUCAAUCUCCAUAACGUCACUUGUCUCCCCCCCCACCCCAGCUCAUCUGCUGCUGAAACCCUCAAACAUGCCCAUGUUACCUUUAGACUUGACAAUUCCAAUACAUUCCUGACCAGCCUCAAUACAUUCACCCCACCCCCACAUGGAA